AGUGCAUCCACCAGCUGCAGACAUUAAAAACACUGCCUCACAAAUCUGAAGCUCCAGAUGUGUGUCUUCACCACAGGGUAAACUAUGGAUGAUUUUGACCAAUAUCCGGUUUUCUUUGAGUGCCAGAGCCUUCUUCGGGAUCAGAUGAAGAAAAUAGAGAAUUAUUUCCGUGUUCGGCGGAGAUCAGGCGGAGGAGACUGCGGAUCGGUGCGGAAAGUGACCGAUCAAAUCUACAGCAUUUCUUUUAAAAAUCAGAAAGACCAGCAGGCAGUCCUGCAAAAGUCUGUUCAUGAUGUGGAGGAUCUGGUGUUCACUGUCCGAGACGGCCUUGAACUUCCCACAUCCUCUCCAAACAAGAAUAUUACAGCCCCGCUACAGAGCCCACAGUCGAUUCCUGUCUCAAUCCCUCCAUCAAGUGGUGAAAAAUACGAACUGCAACAAAAUACUUUCCUCCUUCGUUACCUAAAGGAAUGUCCCACAGCUUGGAAAAGAUUAGAGAAAGAUCUUGCCUCAUUGUCCUGCUCUGCUCAGUUGUAUCCAGAGGAAGAGAGGGUUUUAGUGAGCUUUUCCACUCAACCUGAUGAUGAAAAUGAUAUUAGAGAUUGGAAAGCAGAGGUUGACCAACUCUUUGAUGGCUACCUGUGCCACUGUGAGGUGGACCCUCACAAAGUUGUAGCUUUGCUUGAGUCCAGGAACUCUCUUCAGACCACCAAUGACGUUAAGGUCUACAGCGAGAAUGGGAUGGCUGUUGUUGUUGGGCAGCGUUCUCAGGUGAACGCCAAGUUGAUGGAUGUAGGUGCCUUGCUUGGUAAACAAAAGCCACGUUUACUUGAGAGGCAAACCUGCAUUUGUCGACUGGGCGAGGCUAAGCUCCGCCUCCUGUGGAAAGAGAUUGAGCACACUUUGCAAAAAGACUUUCCAGGAGUGAAGGUCACGCAGGGAGCUCCAGGUCAGUUGCAUUUGGAAGGCUCUGUCGAGGAUAUUCUUAAGGCUAAAGAUUGGAUCUCUGAUCAGGAGAAGUUGGUGUUCCAAAGGACAGUUUCUGACAUGAGCCCACAUUUGUUGGCCUUUCUAAAGAAGGCUUAUAAUGGUCCUGGUGUGCUAGGGGACUUUUUAGGGGUUGCUGGCAAGGUGGAAGUAGAGUUACGAGACACAGAGCUACGUUUCUUAACCCUUUCUGACAAUAUUCUUGUUGAAACAGAAAAGGCACUGCAAUGUGAGAUUAAGGAAGUCAAGAUUGAUGUUCCUUACUGCUCCGCUGUGCCAUCUGAGCUUCAGGAAAAGCUUAAGUCUAAGACAAAGGAUUUGAACCAAGUGCAACACAGAGCUCAGGUCGUGUUUGGCUCUGACAGCAGUGUGUGCUUACUGGGCCACACCAAAGAGGUUGAAGAGCUAAAUGAAGUUGUCAUACAGUUUAUUUUGGAUCAGUCUAUUGUGCAAAGUGUAGUCAGUCUGCCUUUUGAAGAGUUAGUGCAUGGGUUACCAGCAUUUCUGCAGCUGCAUGGUCUAGAUCAUUCAGGGGUUACCUUUAAUCCUUUAACAUCUUCCUCUCGGCCCAUGGUGGUGCUGGAAGGUCCAUCCAGCAAAGUGACUGAGGUAAGGAACAGGCUGGGGCCAAUUCUGGACUCCCUUGUUCAAGAUAGACUCCCCAUUGAUAACAGAGUAGAGGUGAAGUACCAAACAAGUACUGAAAACAGGGCACCAAGUGAUCUGGGGUUCCAGAUGGAUGCUUCUGGCCAAGAUGGAGCAAGAGGAGCCAGUGCUGGAGCUCCUGGAGGGGGUGUCCAUGUAGACAUCAUUCAGGGAACCAUCGAGACCCAACAGGUGGAUGCCCUGGUAUCGCCCAUGGUUUUUCAUGAUCCUCUUUCUACCCGUGUUGGAAACACUUUGUUCCAACAUUUUGGGAACCAGCUGACUGCAAGGUUUAGAAAGGAAGCAGAUGAAGAAACUAUUCCUGGUGACACAGUCCUGGUGGAGGCUCGAGCUGGACUUCAAUCUAAUGCAGUCAUUUUCCUCAACCUCGCUCCAUGGAACGAGGAUCCGGAUGGAGCUGCAGUUGAGGUUCUGAGAAUGGGCAUUAACAACAUCCUAACUUGCUGUGAGGAUAGAGGGUUUGGAUCAGUUGCCCUCCCUGUACUCGGGGCAGGGAUUGCCCUGCGUUUCCCUGACAGCCUGGUAGCGAGGGUUGUCCUGGAGGAAGUUUCUGCUUUUGAACAGAACCGAGCCAGCGCGAAACCUCUCCUGGUACGCAUCGUCAUCCACCCCGAAGACGAAGACUCUUUGGAGGCCUUCAAGUCUGCCCAGGAAGCUUCCCAACUCAAAGGAUUCACAAUGAGGAUGAACCAGCAUGUGCAAGGUCCAACUCCAACAAGGAUUGUCCUGCUGGGAAAAACUGGAUCAGGGAAAAGCAACCUAGGAAACACCAUAUUCGGAGAGGAAUUGUUCACCACAAACAAUUCUCCCAACUCUGGAACAAGGAAGUGUCAAGCAGAAACCACAUCUGUCAACGGAAGAAGCCUCACUUUGAUCGACACUCCUGGUUUCUUUGACGCAUGCAAGUCGGAAGAGGACAUGAAGCCGGAGAUAGUGAGUUGUAUCACAGAGUGCUCUCCUGGGCCUCAUGCUUUUCUCAUUGUGCUUAAAGUGGAGAAGUUCACAGAGCACGAGCAGGCUGUCAUCACUAAAAUAUGCGAGUAUUUCUCCGAAGAUGUUUUGAAAUAUGCUGUGAUUGUCUUCACACACGGCGAACAGCUUGAAGGGAGGACAAUCGAGGAAUUUGUCGAACUGAAUAAGAAUCUGAGCGAUCUGGUGAAGAAGUGCGGCGGCCGCUGCCAUGUCACGGAUAAUAAAUACUGGAAGGACAACCAGCAGGAAGAAUACACGAGCAACCAGGUCCAGGUGGAGGAAUUGCUCAAGGCAAUAGACAAUAUGGUGAAGGACAACAAUGGAAGCUUCUACACCAAUGUGGUGUUUCAAGAAGUGGAGAAAUACAUUUGCACAGUGGAGGAGUAUAUCAAACACGACACGUCGUCGGGAAACCUGCCAUUGGAAGUGAUCAGAAAACAGGCUAAAUACAUAGUGUCUGAGAAGCUGUUGAUCCAACUGGCAGGUGCAACAACAGGAGCAUUGUUAGGCGCUUUCUGUGGGGUUGCAUUUAUGGUUGGGCUUGUGAUCACAGCCCUGCAUAGCGCCGGAGGAUUCAUGAAUGUCCUGAAACAGAUGAAAACAUUGAGAGGGACUGCAGCAGUAGGCGGAGGAGGCCUGGGAGUUGCUGGAACAGUUUUAGCUGUAGCAACAAUUGGGUUCGCUGUAGCAGGGGGAGUGGCAGGUGGAAUGAUCGGAUUGGAGGCAUCAGAGGGAGCUAAAACACCAAUGGAGGCAGCCGAGAUGUCAUAUAAUGCUGUCAUGGAAAAAGCAAAUGAUGUCAUAGAAAAAGGGAAAGAUCAUUUUAAGCGGAAAUAACGACCUUUUGAGGGCGUGUUUCUGGUUCUCUAGCUGCUCAAUGCACUUCUAUGUUCAUAAGCAGGUAGAGAACAGUGGGUUUGUCACAACUUUAUGAAUAAAACCACUUUCUGCUGAGGCUAGAAACAAGCUUGAUGAGAGUAAGCGAGAGUGGUGGAAAGUAACUAAGUACAUUUACUCAAGUAUUGUACUUAAGUCCUUUUUUUUUUUACAUAAUUGCACUUUACUUGACUCUUUCCAUUUAACACUUCUUUAUGCCUAUGCUGCAUUUAAGAAGCAAAUAUCAUACUUUUUAUUCAACUACAUUUAUUUUGACACUUGUUUACUUGGUAUAUAUAAAAACUCUUGAUUUGCUGCUAUGACAUAAUGCAGUACGGUAGUACUAAUCAACACAGUGUUUCAAGUAUCAAUGCUAAAAUACUCUUACAAACAGUAUAAUAAUAAUAAUGAAGACAUCCAUUCUGCAUAACAAGUACUUUUACUUUUGAUACUUGAAGUAAAUUUAGCUGAUAAUAUUUCUGGACUUGUAAUUGUAAUUCUGAAACGGGUCAUUGUGUAACAUCAGUAAAAAUAUAAAUAACUGAUUUUUAUUUGUAGUGGAGUAUUUUUAAGACAUAAGUGUUUGUACUUUUAAAGGUUCUGGGUACUUUUCCAACAAUGAUUAGCGGGUCAGAAAACCAAAAUAAGCGUAAAAAGGCUGCAUAAAGAGCUGAGGGAACAAAAAGAGUUAGGUAAUAAUUAUUUGUGUGUUUGACGCUAAGAGUGACAAAUUAAACGUAUGCAUAUUCACUUGAUUCAUUGUUAAUAUUACACAAAUGCAUAAGGGAAUAAUAUCUAGGCACUGACGAACACAACUUGAUCUAAACAAUACAAGCAUAAUAGGUGGAGGUAAUCGUUUAUUUUCAAAGCGUCAAAUCUCUAUACUCAUUUGUAAAUAAAGUCAAAAUCGUUAUAAUAUAAUAAAAGUGGGCUUAUGCAAUCUAUUUAAAUAUGUUCGUACUGCAUUUAUGUUCAAUGAUCUGACAGUGGGGUUUUGAAUCUGGACAAUACGUCAAGGUGUGGGAUAAUGAUUGUCUUUUCUUUUCUUUGACAUGUUUUUCUGUAUCAUGAUGCAACUAUUUUCUGUUAUAAAUCUGUCUUUCAACAAUAAAAGCAGUGAUUGCACACAA